AUGUGCAGAGACAGCAACUCACCUUCUUCCGCCGCCGCUAAACGCUUCGACUACAUCGAGAAACUACUCGAACACCAGAAAACGUUACCGCAGUCCUGCAGCGAAGGCUUCGUCAUUCGGAUUAUCACCUUGUAUGGGAAGGCUGGUGACAAGUUUCAAGAGGCUUAUUUGUUUAUGAUUGAUUGUGAGAAUAAUAAAGUUGGGAAGCCGGAUGCUGUUUUGGAUGAAUUGGCUAAGGAAGUUGGGGCGGAUGCGGUUUAUGCUCACAGAGAGGUUUCUCAUGAGGAGGAGAAGAUUGAGGGUGUGAUGGAAAAGGAGAGUAUUUCUCACAUCACAAACAUUAUCAUCAAUCUUCCGUCAACAGUAGCAGCUUACGUACGCGAGCGGUAUUCCACCAAUCCUACAACAACUUUAACACCUUUGCUUUGA